GUUUAUCUUGAUGCGAUAAAUUUUUGUGGGCUCUAUUGUUUCACAGUCGAAGUCGUACCACCAGGAAGUUUGUCCGUAAGGGAAGUUUUAUUUUGCCAAAGAAUUCUUUCUAUUUCUUAGAUAAGUACUUGAUGGUGCGACACUUUGAUUGCAAUGGCAUCUGGCGCGCAGUUCCAUCGAUAUUCUUAGAGUAAAGUUUUCAUCAACAGCACUGCCAUGGGCCGCCUUCCCGACUAUUACGAGCGGGGUAACUAUGGCGACGGGCGGGAAGCCUACGCUGUCCAGUUUGUCGAGGAGACCGCGGAGCGUGGUAACGUGGUUGCGAUUUUGCAAGCCCUGGAAACGUUUCACAAGCGAUGGUCUAUGUUGCAUGUCGGUCCGGAGAAGGGUGCGCGCUUAGAAAAAGCGGUGGCUGACAUAGUAAGUGCAGAAAUGGAUCAUGUCGAUGUGGAUGAAGCGCAAACGGCAGCAGGUGGUGCUAGCGACUGUUCCGAAUGGAUGAAGCGGACGUCAUGCGACAUGCCGGGAGAAGAUGUAUUUCCAAACGAAAGACAGGCUUUGAUGGAAUUCCGCGUUUUAGAAGUCGGCACGUACAUCGGCUACUCCACCUUGCGCAUUGCGAAAGCCUGGGAAGACGCACUGAAAACGCGUUUUGUGGAGUAUGAAAAAGCCAGCACGACCUCCGAGUCACGGAGCGAUCGCCGACCGGAGGCCGCAGCGGCAGGCGGGAGCGGCGGUGGUCGCUGUAGAAGUAGCAACUACGGGGGUGCAACAGCGGGGCAUCAGGUUGGACUGGCACAGGACGCAAGAGAAAGUAGGAGAGCGGUACCCUCCGCACGGCAAGUGCGUUUGAAGCUGGUCACAUUUGAGCGUAACGAGGAAAACGCCGAGGCCGCGUUGCGAAUUCUGACCCAUGCGGGAUACAGGGUCCAUUUUGGUCGAUGUGAAAAGAAGGACCGCGACACGGAAGCGAAGGACGGGGGUGCUACUACGGAGGGAAACAUGUGCGCCGAUGCCAUCUCCGCCUCUCCCUACGGCGACAGCAACUUGGCACCAGAGCCUCGGGCGAGGCCGGAGGUAUAUUCACCACAACACCUACGUCGACAUUGUACUACAGAAGAAGCCCUCUCCCAGGUAUGCACUUCGUGGGACGUCAGCGUUGACAUUCACUUGUCUUGCGGGGCCAUGGAAGAUGGCCAGGACUCCAUUCUAUGGCCAAUAAAAAGAAGUAGAAGACAAAACACAAGUGACAUGAUCGACCCGGCGGACAGGUACCUGCACUUGAUUUUUUUCGACCACCAGAAGAGCCGCUACUUGCAGGACCUGCUUUGGUUAAAAGGUCUCGCUGUUGAAUUCGGAAGCCUAUUUCGCCCCCGACUGACCCGCAUCGUCGCGGACAAUGUCGCGUCGCAGGAACACCUCCAGCAUCGCGACUUGGCCAUUGCGCGCGGCAAGCGCAAGUCGAAGUGCCACUGCGUCAACCGGGGCUGCAAUUUUUUGCAGUACGUCUUGCGCCAGUACGACACCGGGGUCUUUGUGGGGGCCGGAGAAAGCGACGGCAUCUCUGUUUCAGUUUUUCGGGACGAUAAACACCUUCCGUGGAAAGAACGAGUAAGAACUCCUGUGUGCGAGGGCGCUGCUCCCGCUGUGAAUGAAAAUACUUAAUAGUGCCGUCUCAAUACACGAAUACGAAGCGGCCAUGCUGGCACUAGUGCCAGAAGUUCUUGUGGGGCGGUGAAAAACGACUGCUCUGCGCAUUUGAGCAUCUAAGCAUCUUGGAGGAGGCGGGUUGUCUCAGUAGAACAUCCAUGGCGACAUGUUUCAUCGUAGUUGUACAAACUUUUCUACCCACCUUCACCAUUAAGCAGGUUCAUCUAGUUGAAU